AUGUAUGUACAGCCGGAUGAACCAAUCCAAGAAAAGAACAGAGAACUGGAGGAAAGGAUUGUUGACAAGGAAUUUCCCGCCUUGAAUGCGACGUCGAUGAAUACGUGUGACGUCUCAUAUGAAUCUCGAAACGCUGUUUCCUUUUCUGAUGUCACUAAAAAUAAAAACACAGGUAAAAAAAAACAGGCCAAUAGUAGUAAUUAUACAACGAGAUCACGUAAAUGCACGAAUCAUAGAGAUACACAAUUUACCGAAGAAAGUAAUCAUGCAAAUUUUGAAGAGAAACAAGCUUUACCAAAUGAAGACAAGAGAGACUUUGAUGUGGUUGAAUUGUUAAGAAGAGUGAAAGAAAUAAUAUUUAUGAGGGUCACGAUAAAAGCGAAGAUUAUUAGUGUUAUUAAAUGUUGUAUUGAGUGGUUUUUAUUGUCAGUAGUGGAUAAUUUAGAAGAUUGGCCAAUUCUCAGAGCUUUUAUCGAGUAUUUAAAUGUCAAUGAUUAUGGA